AUGAACUGCCAAAACGAACAUCACUCCCACAGCCACGGCAGAGAUUCACAUGACGAUAGUGAUCAUAUCGCUCCUCCAGACACAUACGAAUCACAAUCUCUAUACAAUCAUAUAUAUCACGAUCAUAUUAGAGUUCUUAAUGAAUCACAACAGGAUUCCGGAAAAAGUAUUUUUAAACCUUGGGAAAAACGUUUAGAUGUAACAUCAAUUCUUGAAAGCGAUGUGGAUGAAGAAUUGUUAAUAUUUAUUCCGUUCACUGGAUUAGUAAAACUUCAUUCAAUUCUUAUCCGAACUACAGCAGAUGGCCAUUCGCCAAAAACAAUAAAGUUGUUUAAAAGUCGUGAUGAUUUAGAUUUUUCUUCGGCUAGUGAAACUAAACCUUUGGCUGUUUUAACUCACCCAGAGGGGUUUGGUGUUGAUGAAAACAUUCCAAGCUUGGAUAUUAAUACUUCUUCGAACUUAGAUGAAGAAGGAAUUGCAGAAUAUGCAGUUAGUAGAGCAGCAUUUUCAAAUAUCACAAGUCUUACUAUGUAUAUAAGUGAAAACUAUGGAGAAGAUACUACUAAAAUCCUUUAUAUUGGGCUUCGUGGAGAAUGGACACAGAUGUCAAAGAAUCCAGUGAUAACUAUUUACGAAGCUGCUGCAAACCCAAAGGACCAUAAAAAUUUGGUUCCCGACACGAAUCACGGAUACCAAGCGAACCAGGGAUAA